GUCAGGGAGCGCUGUGGGCGGCUUCCUCACUCUCACUCCUCCUCUUCCCUGUGUGUCUGUGUCUCACCCUCAGAUCGUGGCUCUCUCUCCAAGCGGUGAGCUCUCAGCACAUCCCUGGCAGCAGGAAGAGGCGGUGCCGGCUCCCAAGGUACUGUAACCCCAUAAAAUAAUAUUAAUACAAAUAAUAAGGCUCUAUCCAUCCUUUAUAGCCACCCAUUACUGUCUGCAGGGAGAGAGCUGCUGACCCCAAUAAUGAGGGGGGCUGUUCCUGCAUGUGCCUUUGUGUAGAGAUUCCGCAGAUUGAACGAUGGAGGCCACAUUGAUACAUUGUAUCCCUGGAGCUGGUCCAGACACAGCAUUGCUGGUGUGAGAUGUGACCCUGUCUGAUACAGCACAGCUGGGAGGUGUGGGCUAGACCUGGGGGGGGGAAGACAAGGAGGGGUGGGGAGGACAACUCUAUGGUCUCCAUCAUUAGAUGGCAGUUUGAUCUGCAUGGAGUGAGUGGGACUCUCUAUCAGUUGGAUGGAGUGAGUGGGGCUGUAUCAGAUGGAUGGAGUGAGUGGGACUCUAUCAGAUGGAUGGAGUGAGUGGGACUCUAUCAGAUGGAUGGAGUGAGUGGGGCUGUAUCAGAUGGAUGGAGUGAGUGGGGCUCUCUAUCAGAUGGAUGGAGUGAGUGGGACUCUAUCAGAUGCAUGGAUGGAGUGAGUGGGGCUCUCUAUCAAAUGGAUGGAGUGAGUGGGGCUCUAUCAGAUGGAUGGAGUGAGUGGGACUCUAUCAGAUGGAUGAGUGAGUGGGGCUCUAUCAGAUGGAUGGAGUGAGUGAGGCUCUAUCAGAUGGAUGGAGUGAGUGGGGCUCUCUAUCGGAUGGAGUGAGUGGGGCUCUCUAUCAGAUGGAUGGAGUGAGUGGGACUCUAUUAGAUGGAUGGAGUGAGUGGGACUCUAUCAGAUGGAUGGAGUGAGUGGGGCUCUAUCAGAUGGAUGGAGUGAGUGAGGCUCUAUCAGAUGGAUGGAGUGAGUGGGACUCUCUAUCAGAUGGAUGGAUGGAGUGAGUGGGACUCUCUAUCAGAUGGAUGGAUGGAGUGAGUGGGACUCUCUAUCAGAUGGAUGGAGUGAGUGGGGCUCUCUAUCAGAUGGAUGGAGUGAGUGGGGCUGUAUCAGAUGGAUGGAGUGAGUGGGGCUCUCUAUCAGAUGGAUGGAGUGAGUGGGACUCUAUUAGAUGGAUGGAGUGAGUGGGACUCUAUCAGAUGGAUGGAGUGAGUGGGGCUCUCUAUCAGAUGGAUGGAGUGAGUGGGGCUCUCUAUCAGAUGGAUGGAGUGAGUGGGGCUCUCUAUCAGAUGGAUGGAGUGAGUGGGACUCUAUCAGAUGGAUGGAGUGAGUGGGGCUCUAUCAGAUGGAUGGAGUGAGUGAGGCUCUAUCAGAUGGAUGGAGUGAGUGGGACUCUCUAUCAGAUGGAUGGAUGGAGUGAGUGGGACUCUAUCAGAUGGAUGGAGUGAGUGGGACUCUCUAUCAUAUGGAUGGAGUGAGUGGGACUCUCUAUCAGAUGGAUGGAAUGAGUGAGGCUCUAUCAGAUGGAUGGAGUGAGUGGGGCUCUCUAUCAGAUGGAUGGAGUGAGUGGGGCUCUAUCAGAUGGAUGGAGUGAGUGAGGCUCUAUCAGAUGGAUGGAGUGAGUGGGACUCUCUAUCAGAUGGAUGGAUGGAGUGAGUGGGGCUCUCUAUCAGAUGGAUGGAGUGAGUGGGGCUCUAUCAGAUGGAUGGAGUGAGUGGGACUCUCUAUCAUAUGGAUGGAGUGAGUGGGACUCUCUAUCAGAUGGAUGGAGUGAGUGGGACUCUAUCAGAUGGAUGGAAUGAGUGAGGCUCUAUCAGAUGGAUGGAGUGAGUGGGACUCUCUAUCAGAUGGAUGGAGUGAGUGGGACUCUAUCAGAUGGAUGGAAUGAGUGAGGCUCUAUCAGAUGGAUGGAGUGAGUGGGGCUCUAUCAGAUGGAUGGAGUGAGUGGGGCUCUAUCAGAUGGAUGGAGUGAGUGAGGCUCUCUAUCAGAUGGACGGAUGGAGUGAGUGAGGCUCUAUCAGAUGGAUGGAGUGAGUGAGGCUCUCUAUCAGAUGGACGGAUGGAGUGAGUGGGGCUCUAUCAGAUGGACGGAUGGAGUGAGUGGGGCUCUCUAUCAGAUGGGUGGAGUGAGUGGGACUCUAUCAGAUGGAUGGAGUGAGUGAGGCUCUAUCAGAUGGAUGGAGUGAGUGGGACUCUAUCAGAUGCAUGGAGUGAGUGGGACUCUAUCAUAAGAUGCAUGGAGUGAGUGGGACUCUAUCAGUUGGGUGGACUGAGUGGGACUCUAUCAGAUGGGUGGAGUGAGUGGGGCUCUCUAUCAUUAGAUGGAUGGAGUAAGUGGGGUGUGCACUGGCUGUAUGAUUCCUGUGUCUCUCCCAGCAGCACCUAUUAUUAUUAUUAUUAUUAUUAUUAUUAUUAUUAUUAUUAUGCACCCUGGGAGCUCAGUUACUGACAGGAUUAACUUGCUAUCCUAGAAGGAGUUCUGUAUUUUGUCUUUGUUAUUAUUUAUAGAGAUGCUCUGCAGAGAGAGCAGGGCUGUGUUUUACUGGGUAGGGGUGGGGCUGUAUGAGUUCAAUAACUGUAAUAAGCUGGAAUAGGUGAAUCUCACGCCUGUGAUCUUGCUAUUCUCGUCUCAUCACACUUCUGUGUUUGUUAUUGCAAAUAAAAUGGCUACACUGCAUCUUCUAAUUGAAGUAGACAUUGGGGAAAAAAGCCCAUGGCCCUUUGUUGCCAGAAAAAAAAAAAAAUCAAUGUUACUAUUACUGCCUGGUUAAUCUUUCCAGUUCUUGAUUUUGUUUAUUUUCUCGUAUAUUUAGCGCCAGCUGAUUGGUGUUUUUUUUAUUGCCCUGUGCCACUGGGCCAUUACACCAUGAUGCUGCAGAAAGUUAUAUUGCUCCUGCCCGCUCCACUUUCUCCCACGACAGAAAGGGCCUCGCUGAAGGCAACGGUUCUGUGUGACAUUUGCCAAUAAUUUCACACAAGUACAUUUAUUUUUUUUACAUUUUUUUUAGACCUGAAGAGACACUCUGGACGUUCCUGAAAAUAUAUUUUACAACUGUAGCUAAUAGCUUUAUGGCUGCUUACCCAAAGAUGCUUGCUUUAAUAGCAAUAGCAUAUUUUACCAUGACGACUGAAGGUGUUGGUUUUGUAACCGCUAGUGUCUUGUUACCAGUUUUCGUGAUACAGGCAGGUGGUUAAGGAAAGAGGGUUGCUAGGUAAACCUUGUUAGUUACUGUAACAACGUAUCAUGCUGCACACAUAGUAUACCUGCUGUAAAUGAAAUCUGAUAAAUGAUGUCAUUCAUUCCCCUGUAUGUGGUGACAGUCCUUCAUGACCAUGUGAUUUAUUUUAUUUGUUUUUAUCUUGUGUGUGUGGGUGUGUGUAUAUAAACUUUCUAUUAAUGAAAACAUGGUAAUGAAGUUGAGGCGCCCAGGAUCAUAAUGUCUAGUUAAGAAAAUCUUGUGUGCGUGUGCGUAUGUGUGUGUGUGUGUGUGUGUGUGUGUGUAUAUAUAUAUAUUACAUUAUAUACGGACAGAGACAGAUAACCGUUUACUGUAUAUUAAUGGAAAGUCUCCAUAAUGUUCCUAUGGAGACCUAAAUAGACUAUGUCUACAGUCAGUGGUGUAUUCUGGUUUUGUGCUGCCCUAGGCAUGGCAAAACUCAGGUAACCCCCCCUCCCUCCUUUCUUAAUUUCACAUCCUUUUAAAAAUCAACAGAUACAGUCAUUGUCACACACACUGUUUAACCAACACACACUUUCACUGAAACAUACAUACACACUCACUGACAGACACUCACAUUCACCGACAGACACACUAACUGACAUACGCAUUCACUGACAGAUACACAUUCACACUCACUGACAGACACGCAUUCACUCAGUGUCAGACACACACACACACACACUGUGACACACAUAUACUCACUGACAGACACACACACACUGACAAACACAGUGCUGGAGUAGAUUCUCCAUUUCCCUGUGGUCCAGUGGGGCUGGCUGCAGCUCGGCAGGCAGGUUCAGAGUGGAGGCAGGUGGUGAGGGAGCUAUGAUCUCCCUAUCAGUGAUGCUGGGGCCGAAGUGACUUCAUAUUCCAGCUCCGGCAUCACUUCGGUACGGAGCUCCCUCGCCGCCCACCUCCCAUAUCAUGGUGGCCAGCCAGCCAACUCCUGGGCCCCCCAAGACCAGAGGCUGGCAAGGUAUUUGCCUAGGCAAUUUGGGGGCGGCUUUUUUUGCCGCCCACUUCAAAGUGCCGCCCUAGGCAAAUGCCUAGUGUCAUCUCUAGGCCGAAAAGUUUUUUGUCCUUUUUGAUUUCCAAUAAAUAUUUUUUUGCCUUCACCCUACAUUGUGACGGCUGUGGAACUUUUUCUUAAGGAUAAAAAUCUGUUACUAUGUUAUAGUGUCCCUAUCCCUAGUGGUAAUAGGUCCUCCCGUAUGGCAUUUAAAGUGUUAAAACCCUUUUUUAUUUACCCUGUUACAGUGCAGAGGAUCCCUCAGAACUGCUUUGCUCUCUUUCCUUGGCUACGUCACAGAGGAGGCGUGGCAUCCUUUGCGAUGGUCCAAUCUAAAGUUGGCCAUGCUCGUAUUUAAACUUUCUCAUAGCAAAGCAUUGAAUCAGUUUUACGUGGUCAGUGCAGCCGAAGCGCCUUUAGCGGCUGUCACCCCAGCAGCCACACAAGGUGGACUUUAAGCGGCACUAUUGUCACCAAAACAAGCACUUUAUAUUCUGUCUAUGCAUCUCUUAUGGCUGUGGCGCACACAGCCUCCAUGCGUAAAAUUGUUUCAUUUGCAGAUGUUAACUUGCUUUAGAGGUUUUUAUCUCCUGCUCUGUAAAUUGAACUUUAAUAAACUACAGGAGGCUCGUGCAAGGACUAGCAAGCUAUUAACAGUGCAGGAGACAAGAAAUUCUAAAUGAAACGGUCUGUUCAAUAACGGAGGUGUAAACAUUAGAUGUCUCUUUACAGGAAGUGUUAAGGAGGGCUGUGCAAGUCACAUGCAGGGAGGUGUGACUAUGGCUGCAUAAACAAAGUGAUUUAACUCCUAAAUGGUAGAGAAUUGAGCAGUGAGCAUGGAAGAGCAUAAUAUAUACUUCACAACUGCUUCAUUAAGCUAAAGUUGUUUUGGUGACUAUAGUGUCCCUUUAACCUCCUAUGUACACAGAGUGCUAAUAAAGGAAAGAAAGGGAAUUGCAAAGCACUAGCUCGGUGUCGGCUAAAAGUUAAGAAAAUCUUUUUUCCAGGUUUAUGGAGGUGGCCCAGUAACCUAAAUAUUAAGGGAAACACUUUUUAAUGUUAUUGUUCUUUUAAAUGGGAAAUUAACUGUUAGGGCAGGACAAGCGCAUAUAUGUCCCAGUGCUGAGAUUAGUGGUAUGUACAGUCCUAGUGGUGCGUUGCAACAUUUGAAAACUGCACCAGCUGUCCCAUGAAUCUAUGGCAGAACCAGGAUACGUACAUUCCGUACGUUAUUAACCCCUUCUGCACCACGGGGGAGGGGGGACCUUGACAAAGGGGGAAGCUAUAAAACAAGUUUGUUUUCCUGGCACUAUAGUUCCCCUUUAAGUAAAUACAACCUCAGAACAAAAACAAUGCAUGACAUAUUACACCGUGUCAUGAUUUAUUUACCAAAAAGAAUGCCAAAAUGGAAAAGCCAUUUAAUAUUGUUGUACAGUGCCAUAUUUACAUGUUUCUAUUAGGACAGCCAAGGACAAACUAAAUACAAAACUCACUUGUGAUACAUGCUUAUUGCACCCAAUCAGAUUAAAGACUUUAAACAUUAUACGAUGAAACUGCAGCCAAUCAGAUUAUACUGUGUUAAUAUUGUACUUUGGCUUGGUCAAGUUUUAGGGCUUAGCGUUUCCGGAUUUAAGAUAACCUGAUUCAAUCUUGAAUCUUGAUUGUUUGUUUAUUAAAAGAAUGUAGGCAUGAAUUGUAAUAAUGUGGCCCUGCACUACGACGUAUUCACUAAAGAGUUAAAUGUGGUGAAUUAAAAGUUACAAAAGUUAGGCCAAAAAAAUAUCCAAACUGAAAAAAAAAAACUGAAUUGGUCCAGAUUCCCAAGUAAUCUAUUUUGGACUAUAAUUGGAAAUCCGGUUUUCAAUUUAAUCACAACAUUCAAUGUUUUUAGAAUAGACUCCAAGGCUUAUUCACUAAAGUGAGAUUUCUCCUGAAUUCAAAUUGAAUUUCAGGUUGCUAAAAUGUAAUUUUUCCAGAUCAGCUAUUUUAGUCAUAAAUUUGGAAUUCUGUCAAUUCUGACUGUUGUAAAUACCCAUUGUAACGGAACCGCUGGCACCCCGACCGGGUACCUUCCGCCGACGCAUGCUCCUAGUGCUUUCCGAGGACUCCAAGCACUCUGCCUGACACCAUAACCACUGCAGACUCCACGAACCGCCGCAGCUUGGUUGGGGUCUCGCCGUCUCCACCCACUCUGGACCCAGGACCAGUUUCCAGCUUCCAGCAGGUCGACCUCUCUCCGAAUUCCAGAGAGCAGGAACAGGAACAAGCUCUUAGCAGAGCUUAGUGAUUAUACCCUGGGGAGUAUAGUGAUUAUAGCAAUCCCCAGAGUGUAGUUUCUCCAAUCCCCCAAACAUGAGCCGAAACUGCAUGAAGGUACAAGAUGAUCUGACUCCAAUGAGCGUUUAUUACUCCUUAUAUACAAGUUUUCAGGUCAGAGGCGCACCCCCUGGACCUGGUGGUAAACUGUGACAAAAGGGACACAAACCAAUGGGAACACUAAUUAACAUAAAAACAAUCUCACAUAUACAAUGAAAUCCCUCCUCUCCAUCCUGGAGAUAAUUGGCUUAAGGCAUUGCAGUAAACUCAAUUAUCUCCAGGUACAGAAAAUAUCUACAUUUUACACUAACAGCAAAAAUACGUGAAAGUACAUAAAAAUACAUAAUUCUUAUUAUAUUACACAGAACCCCCACAUUUAACCUAUCCCCAGAUAGCUCGUAUCUGAGCUCUCAAUCUAGGUGAACAGCGCUCAGAUCCCAUGAACAGAGUAAAUUUGCCAUGGGGUAAAGCAUAGCAAGGGCUGUUGAGAAACCAAGGAGGGACAAAAGCAGUCAGUUCCAACUGGUUUGGCAGUGUGCCUGGGACAACGCCCUGCUGGAGAACAAUAGACAGGAAACGGGGGAGGGGAAGAAACACACCUUCCCAUGGAUUCAAAUGGGCAGAAACCGUCUUUAGAAGCCAAUAAGCCCCAAAUAGUCUUUUUAAAUGGCAAUACACCCAAGGGCCAUAGUCAUGAGGAAGGAGGCUGGCAAUCAGGCUCCUCCAAAAGCCAAGGGCAAAGGACAGCUUGUCACCUAACAAUACAGGGACAAAGGGCAUUUCGUCACACCCAUAAUAAACAGCCUGUUGUCAUCACUGACUAGAGAGGACACCCUGUGCCCGGUGGGGAUCCAGGUAAGAGGUGAAGCUGUUGCAAAACCGUUUGUACCAUUGGAAAAUGGAGCCAGGGUAUUCCUGGCAUUGUAACCACAACAGCAGGCUGUAAGGGUUUUGAUGCUUGGCCGUGGAGUAACUCUUUAAACUGUUUAGUGCAGGGCUUGACAAAUCCCAGGUCGCCAUGGCCACUAGAUAUUUUGUCCUGACGCCUGGCGUGUCUGUCUGUUCAGCAGCUGCCCAAUCAGCCCCACCGUAUUCUUGUGGUGGCCAGCUGAGCGAGAUAGGAGGUGGGUUGCUGACCGGGGCAGAAUGAAGGCGACUAGCUGGUGCAGAAUGUAGUUGGUUUGGGAGCUGUAAUCUUCUUGCGCUGCUCCCUCGAGCGCCCUGUAUUGAUGAGCUGAGAUAUGACAUCACUCUGGCCCCGGCAUUGAUAAACCGCGCACAAGAAAGCAAAGCAUGAAAAACUUUAGUAGUGACACUGGACCCCAGGGGAAGAUCUACUUGAGCUCUCCCACAGGUAGGGAGGCUGGAUAGACUUAAAUUAAAAAACAAAUAAUAAUUUUGUGAGUGUGAGAGAAUAUGUGUGUGUGUUUGCCUGUGAUUGAGUGUGUGUGUUUGUGUGUCUGUCAGUGUGUCAAAUCAGUGAGUGUGUGUAUGUUUGUCAGUGUGCCUGUCUGUCAUUGAGAGUGUCUGCUGAGAUAAACGGCCCCCUUCCGACCACAGUUGUAAGAUAUUUUACUCACCCUUUUCCCCCACUCCGUGCCGGUCUCGCUGUAGCUAGCCCCUCUUCCAUGGCUGAGAUUAUCAGUCUUGAUGAUCUCAGCCAAUCCAAUUCUUCCCAUAGGAAAACAUUGGGAGGCUAAUGCGCAUGGACAACAAAACACUGCGCUGUGCAAAUCGUCAUCUCCUCAUAGAGAUACAUUGAGUCAGUGCAUCUCUAUGAGGAACAUUCAGCGCCUCCAUGACAGAGUGAAGCACCAGACUAAGAAGCACUGAGUCUGAGUGACUGUCACUAGAAGUCUUACUAGGCAGCAAUGUAAACACUGCAUUUUCUCUGAAAAGGCUUCUAGAUGCCAAGCAAAUUUGUCAAGCCCUGGCUUAGUAAAUGCACCAUAACGCAGGAUCACAUUAUUACAAUUUCUGGCAUACAUUCCUUUUAAAAAUAUUCAUGAUUCAAGAGAAUAUCUGCCUUAUCAGUGUGUAGGGAUUAAUCAGAAUACCCCUAACUGUCUGAUUGGAGAUUUUGCAUUUUAGCUGAAAGCAGCAAGGGGAAUUGUUUGUGUAGAGUUUGACAAGGCAGGUGAGCUUGCACUCUAAUGGCCAUUGGAGUGAUACUAAGACCUCCUGUUAUUUAUAUGUGCAUAGGAAUUUUUUUUCCUACUUUACUGUAAAUGUUGUGCCAAAGAAAUAAAAACACUAACGUAGUUGUCUGUUCCAUGUGGCCAUCAACACAUAGAAAGCAUUAAAGUGUUUAUAGUUCAAAUCAAUAAGCUGAAAAACUGCCAAUAAAAGACUCCAAAUAAAAACCACUCAACACUGUAACACUCUGGGAGGAUCAGGCCUGUUAUGUGCGGUGGAUCCUAACUCUCAUCAGGAACAUUCUCAUUGAAAGCAAUAAUCUGGCCCCAGAAACACAAGUAAAACAAGAUUAUAAAUGGGGACUAAGCUAGAUACUUGAGGGCACAGAAAUCUUGUAUUUUGGUAUCGGCAUAAAGCCUUUGUCAUCCCUUCUCAGGUAAUUUUUCAUUUUUUAACAUUUUUGGGCUGCCACACAACAGUAAUGGGAAUUUGCGCGCAAGUCUUAAUUUUUUUGUGUUUGUAUUUACUUCCUCAUGAAGACCUCUGAAAACGAAAGGUCUCAAUAUAUUUGCUGUUCUCAUACACAGCAUGAUGAUGUAAUUGCAGUAUAAACAGUUUGGUGUUAAGAGGACAAGAGUUGACUAGGGCUCUGUUUAAGCAAAGUGCAAAUUUUUUUUGUAUUAAGAUAAUCUUUACCGGCAAGUACGCUUUCUCACUGAUGAAUCACGAUGAUUGACGUCACAAAAACAAACACGCUUUGUUACUCAUUUUUGCCCUAACGGCCCCAUUUUACCGUGUGCAGGAGCUCCUGUCUGCUGAUACGUUCAGAACGGAAUGGUAUGGUUUGCUCUGCAGUUUGAGCAGACAUUCUCCUUCCUUCUAGAAGGACAAUGAUUGAACUCAUCGUUCACGUACAUCUCCAUCCCUUCCAUCCACUGCUGAGAUGCAGAUAAUCUUCUUUCAGAACAAUGAUCAUUGCACAAGGAUGAAUUUGCUAAUACAUGUUUGGUCUUAGAGUUGCUUUCUCUAGUUAAGCUUAUGAUCCGGGCCCACAUUUAAUCUGGAAGCAGCUAAAGCUGUUGGAUAAAUACUGAGCAUGUUCUCCUUCCUUGUUGUCAAGCAUUCUAAUUGCUUUAACGCAUGAAAGGCCAUUUUACUAUAGACACUGUAGGCGCUAUGACUGCUUCAUCUCAUUUAAGUGGUUAUAGUGUCUGAAGUCCCCUGGCACCAUCCUUCCAUUCAGCAUUAAACCAUUUUUAAUGCUAAAAGAGAAUGUGUAUGUUCUGCUUGGGCUAAUGAGGAAGUAUCAGCCUGGGCAGCAGGGGACGACAGAGCGUGUCAGCUGAUCACAUUUCCCACUGCUGGUAUGAACUUGUAUGGCUAGAAGGAAGUGCGUAAUCUUCCUAAGCCACAUCUCCACUAAGGGCGGGUCUGUGAGUGGCCAGAGACAACUUUUAACUGUUAAACUGCUCAAAAAUGGUUUAAUAUUGAAUGGAUGGAAAGCCAAUGAAGAUUUCAGGCACUAUAACCAAUUCAAUGAGAUAAUAGUGCCUAUGGUGUCCCUUUUGAGGUUCUAUUCAUGUAACCUUUAUGGGCUUAUUUAGUUACCCAGACAAUUUCAUCUCCAUGAAGUCAUCUAAAGGCAGAGGCCCUGUAUUUUUAACCCUGCAACCUGUAAACAGUGCAUUUUUUUUUAGAAACGGCAAUAAUUAACUUGGAGGGUUAAGUCCACCUUGAGUAAAACUCGGUCAUGUGACUUGGAAGCCAUCACCGGAAAGCACUGCCUCAAAGAUUUCCUUUGAGGAACCAAACGCAUGCACACUAGUUCACCAAUGUUCCUCUAUGAGAAGUUGAGGCGGAGAGGUGAACAUUGCUGAGGCUCCCCAAAUAAACCAUACCAAGAAGGAAAAUCUGAUUUUAUUACAAAUGCACGUACCUCCAAUACGUUUGACAUAACUCACGCCUUUUCUAAAUGAACCACAUCAUCGUUCUUAACAAUUGAUGGCACAAAAGGAUCUCUGAUAAACUCAAGUGUCAAUAUCAGGAAAUGGACAGCAAUCACAGGGCAAUUUUGUUCUCAAUGCCAUAUACUAUGAAGUUUAUUUAUUUUUUUAUUUUUUUUAUUUUUCUCAAACAGACUAUGUCAGUGAUUCCAAUGGGUUACUAGAUGACACUGCAAUAUGUAAGCAUCAAUUUCAUGUUUUUAUUCUACCCACUUACUAAACAAUGACUUAUAGUGUGAAUUCAAGGGAAAAAAGCAUCUGCAUAUGUAUGUUAUAUGACACAGUUCAAAUAGGUCAUUAUUUUCUACCUGGAAUUGUGCAAUUUCUACUGCAUUAUUUACCAAACACACAAAUAUAAUGCAUUCAUACACAAAACAUUACACUAUACAUACACUAAGGAAUUUAUUCCCAAAACUGUGAAUUUCACAAACUUUAGGCUAAGCAUUGCUCGAAAAAUCAGAUAACUUGGAAAAGAUUUUACAAUUCAACAAUUUUGUCCCAAUUUAAAUUUUUAAAUGUUAGGCCGAAAUUGCCCAGUGGCAAACAUGGCUGACUUUUACUUCUCGAUAAUUGACACUAUAUUAAAUUACGUUUAUACUGUUAAUGUGUAUUUGUCAUGCAUGGUGUAUAGCGUGCUGAGUAUUCUUGUCUCUAUAGAAUCGUGCAUUUUAAUCUAUGCCGUGUGGAUAUGUGAAGAGGGGUUGGAUUUUGUUAGUGAGUUGCUCCCCCACUCAUCAUGUUUUGGAGUUCCCAUGCGCAUGGUUAUCUUUUCAAAAUGUUGGCUUAGAGGUCGAAUAGAAGACAACAAACUCCUCUGUGAAUGUCAGUAUCUGAUGUGUCAGCCUGCUAUCAAAUUCCACUCUCCUGAUACCACAAUUCCUGCAAGUAAUAACAGCCUUUGUAUAACACGGUCCUGCUGCUCACCACAUCUGUGCCCUGCUAAGGGUUAAAGGGACACCGUAGGCACCCAUACCAUAUAUAUAGUGAAUAUAGUGCCCCUUUUGCCCUUAGUGCUGCAAUGUUUACAUUGCAGUUCUAAGUCUGCCCACAGUGGGUGUCUCCCAGACAGCCACUGGAGGCGCUUCCUGGAUAUAAGCAAACCUUUGGUCCGGUAUCUGACACUGGAUGUCCUCACGCUCAGGGACAUCAGCGCUGGGAUAAGGUAAGUAAAGAGUUUUUAACCCUUUAUUUACCAGGGGACGCAGAGGGACUACAGUGCCAGGAAUACAGCAUUGUAUUCCUGGCACUUGUAGUGUCCCUUUAAUACAUGUGUAAGGGUCUCAGCGUUUUUCCUUUAACCCCUUAAGGUCCAAACUUCUGGAAUAAAAGGGAAUCAUGACAUGUCACACAUGUCAUGUGUCCUUAAGGGGUUAAUGUGAAUGCAACAAGGUCAGUGGUUACUAUUGAAUUCUCCUAGGAGAUUUGCCUUGACUUGACAGGUGAGCUUACUCUUUAAUGGCCAUUGGAGUGGUACUUAAGACCUCAUGUUAUUGGGGGCGGAGCCUAACAGCGGAGCUGAGCGGUCGCAACUUACUGGAGCUCCGGCUGCACCGCGACGAUUUGGGGGAAAACACAGCUUUGAUCAAGCUGUUUCGUACCGGGUCCAACCACGUGCAGCUGGGGAGCCACCCGGAGACUGCCUGGAGCAACAACUGCAGCGCUAGCCCCAUCACUCGGGUCUGCAGCACGAGUUGGGGCCUACCACAUGCGGGCAGGCAGGAAGUGGCCAUUCCCCCUGCUAAGGUACAGGGUGACUCAGCUCCCACAGUAGACUCCACCAGAGACUUGCCUCACCACCCCCCCCCCCCACCGGAGAGGGAGAUCCCGGUAUCAUAUACAUACCCACAGACGAUAUGGGGCGCAAGCAUAAAAGACAGUUCCAGACAGACAGGCCUGCAGUGCAGGAUAUAAGACUAUCCUUUGGGAGGGCACCCCAGCAAACUCCCACAAGGGCGGCAGCUGAGCAAUACAGUGAGCAAGAUGCCUCUGACGACUCCCCUGAAGAGGAGGAAUAUAUCAUCUCUCCUCACCCAGAUGGAGUGUACCAGCGAACUAACUCAGAUGAGGACUCAUCCCCCGCCACAAAGGGAGAUAUUAAAAAAUUGCUCCUAGAUCUGAGAACAAUGUGGAAGUCCGACCUCCAGAAAACACAAACUGAGGUCAAGGCCCUGCAGCAUGAGAUGUCUGCAAUGGAGAGCAGAGAACAAGCCAGGGACACUCAGCUCCAGACCACUACACAACAUGUGGAGGAUCUCACCUCACAAGUUAAACAAAUAAGCAAAAUGGUGCUCACACUGGAGUCCAGACACAGGCGUCGGAAUGUGCGUCUGAGAGGUCUACCUGAACAGGUUGAGGGGGGGGAACACACUGCAAUAUGUUCAAAAGCUGUUUACCUCAAUGGGCAUUCACAGCCCCACAGGCACCCCUUGCAUCCUGGCCGCCUUCCGAAUACGCAAAUCCGCAGCGGCACCAGCAGGCGCACCGAGAGAUGUCAUUGUGACAACCAAGGACAUUGCGGUGAGGACCGCUAUUAUGGCUAAAUCCAGAUCUAUGGGCCAAGUGAGUUUUGAGGGCCAUAACCUCUCCAUCUACAGUGACCUCCCAUUUGCCAUCCUGGCGGAAAGAAGACAGCUGGCCCCAGUGGCUAGGAGGCUGCGGGACUGCUCCAUCAGAUAUCGAUGGAAUGCGGAUGGAUCUCUGGCCGUCACACAAGGCACAGAAACAUUCACCCUAACUUCUUCAGAUAACCCAGAGACUUUCUUUAACAAACUGGGCUGACCAGCCGCCAACACGCCAGAAGAGACAAACCGAGAGGGAAAAACACAUGAGAAAAAGGCCAUGGGGAGAGCAAAACAACAGAGCAGUCCGACCAAGAGACACCUGCCUAACACCAGGGACAGUUCAGAAUCGCCAUAACUGUUAUCAAGGAACUGUCGGAGUGCGGUUCCCUUCAAUGCUGCCAUGUUCUAUAAUUUUCUUGUUUUUACAUAUAUAUAUAUGCAUAUAACCUUUUAUUCCUUAUAUAAAGUGUUAAGAUCUGCGGACACCUACUGCCCGCUGAAGCAAUAUAUCAUUAUACAUGACUUUUAUAUUGCCAGGCUUGUAAUUCCACAUAUAUGUUGUGGUUGAGUUUGUAUCUGCUGUCGUGGCACUACGAGCAUGUGGUAUAUGAACCUAUACUUGCCUAGCACGUGUUAAACUCCGCUCACUGUUCCUAUAGUUAAUGUGCAAGUUUUAGACCAUGUUUAACUACUUAUGUGCUAACUAAAUAACCUAAACUGUCAGCUCAACUUAGCCUACUAUUCUUGAACUCACUAGUCUGACUUAUCUAAAGCUUACUCUUUAAAAAAUUGUGCCUAAAUAUCAAAUGUCACAUCUUGUAUUGCAUAUUUAAUUUCUAUAUACCUCAAUACCGCUGUUGUGGCAUACUGAGGCUGUUUGUUAAUUUGUGCACAACAAAAAUAAAGAAUUAAAAGAAAAAAAAAAAGACCUCAUGUUAUUUAAAUAUACUGUGUGCCGCAGAGCCAGGGCCGCCAUCAGGGGGUGACAACCAUGACGGUUGUCACGGGCCCGGGGGGCCUGGCUGCCCGGGCCCCACGUGGAGCGGCAAAACUGCCGCAGGUGCAUCUGCACCGGGGCCCAUCAGGUGGCCCAAGCAUUCAGCGCUGCGACUGGGCCCCUUUAAAAAAAAAAAAAAUUGCGGCUGCACCGCAAAUGCUGCUGGGAGGAAGUGACGGCCGGUCACUUCCUCCCAGCUUACUCCGCGCAGGGGGAGAGGGGAGCCAGGAGAGCAGAGGCCAGGAGAGGACACCAGAGGCAUCCCCAGCCACCCUCCUGCAUCUUAAAGGUAAGAGGAGGGUGGCUGAUAAAUGAAGUGUGUGUGUGUAUAUGUAUGUAUGUCAGUAUGUAUGUGUGUGUGUAUGUCAGUAUGUAUAUAUGUCUGUGUGUGUGUGUGUGUGUGUAUGCCAGUAUGUAUAUAUGUCUGUGUCUGUGUGUGUAUGUCAGUAUGUAUAUAUGUCUGUAUGUCUGUGUGUAUGUCAGUAUGUAUAUAUGUCUGUAUGUCUGUGUGUGUCAGUAUGUAUAUAUGUCUGUGUGUGUGUGUGUCAGUAUGUAUAUGUGUCUGUGUGUGUAUGUCAGUAUGUGUGUGUGUGUGUGCGUAUGUCUGUGUGUGUGUAUGUAUGUCUCUGUGUAUGUCAGUAUGUAUAUAUGUAUGUGUGUGUGUGUAUGUCAGUAUGUAUGUUUUUUGUGUGUAUGUCAGUAUAUAUGUCAGUGUGUAUGUCAGUAUGUAUAUAUGUCUGUGUGUGUAUGUCAGUAUGUGUGUAUGUGUGUGUGUGUGUUAGUAUGUCUGUAUGUAUGUGCGUAUCUGUCUAUCUGUAUGUGUAUGUCAGUAUGUAUGUCUGUGUGUAUAUAUGUAUGUCUGUGUGUAUGUCAGUAUGUAUGUUUGUCUGUGUAUGUGUCUGCAAGUAUGUAUGUAUGUCUGUGUGUGUAUGUCAGUAUGUAUAUAUGUCUGUAUGUAUGUCAGUAUGUAUGUGUGUAUGUAUGUAUGUCAGUAUGCAUGUAUGUCUGUGUGUGUAUGUCAGUAUGUCUGUAUGUGUCUAUCUGUAUGUGUGUGUGUAUGUCAGUAUGUAUAUAUGUCUGUAUGUAUGUAUAUGUGUGUGUGUGUGUGUGUGUGUAUGUCAGUAUGUCUGUAUGUAUCUGUGUAUGUAUAUAUCUAUCUGUGUGUGUAUGUAUGUAUAUUAGUAUGUAUGUGUAUGUAUGCCAUUAUGUAUGUAUGUCAGUAUGUAUUUAUGUGUAUGUAUGUCUGUAUAUAUGUGUGUGUGUGUGUCUGUAUGUCAGUAUGUGUGUGUAUCUAUCUGUGUAUGUGUCUAUAUGUGUGUAUGUCUGUUUCAGUAUUUGUGUCUGUUAGUAUGUGUGUCUCUUUCUGUGUGUGUGUCUGUGUCCUUUUGUGUCUGUGUGUGUGUAUUCCUGUGGGCACGAUUUGGAGGCGGGCACCCUGAGGCCCAGACCUUGAGCUGUGUUAGGGGCCCCACAAUUUCUGAUGGCGGCCCUGCGCAGAGCUAUGGUGCAAGAUAUUUUUCCGGUGCUAUAAUCAUAGCACCGGGAACUGUGCUUUCCCCUGUCGGCUCUGCAGGACCCUCUCUGGCCCGCUAGCCCUUUGCUGACAGCCGGAAGGGGAGGGAGGGAGAGAGGAUCCGGGGGAGCUCUAACUUGCACCUCCGCCGGGUUCUCCUUUCACAAGCUCGUAGUGUUGCUGCGGUUACCGCGGCAAUGCUCCAAAUCUCGCGAGAGUGAACUCUAGUAGCCCCUGACUCUAGAGUUCACUGUCACCACCUUCCCCACGGACCACCAGGGAUUACAGGUAAUGUCCCCCUUCCCAGUCAAAGGUAAGCAGGGAGGAGGAAUAUCAUUUUUAUUUUUAAUAUAAAAUAAAAGUAUAUAUUCAUUAAUUUGCCCUCCUACCCCCACAGACCCCACACCACGCAAUAGCUGUUCCAUACACACACACUGCCCCCCCAUACACACACAGCCCCCAUACACACACACUGCCCCCAAUACACACACACACACUACCCCAAUACACACACACUACCCCCAUACACACACACUGCCCCCCACACACACACACUACCCCCUAUACACACAAUUACCCCCCCUUACACACACACACUGCACCCCACACACAAACACUGUACCCCUCAUGCACAUACUGCCCCACAUACACACAAUUACCCCCCCAUACACACACACACUGCACCCCACAGACACACACUGCACCCCUCACACACACAAACUACAUCCUUCACAAACACACUGCACCCCUGUACAUGCACACUGCAACCCUCACAAACACUCCACUACUCACAUACAUAUUGCACCACACACACACAUACACACACACACACUACAGCCCCUAUCCCGGCAGACCCAAGGUAAGUUGUCAAAUUGUUCUUAAACAGUUUGACUACUUACCCAGGGAGGGCACUACUGGCACCAUAACCACUACAAUGUAAUGUAGUGGUUAUUGUGCCUGUAUCAUUUCUUUAAAUAAUCUACCAGUGCCACUCCCAAGAUUAGGGGCACAGUGUAUGCCGCAGCGCUGUACAUAUCUACAACCUAGAACAUUUUUUGACUUGUGGUGCCUUAGAAAAAUAUUAAGGUGGUUAAACCCCUUAAUAACAGAGACAAUUGUCCAAGUUCUGAACCCAAACAAAACCUGGAAUUUCACUAUACGUCUGUUUAACCAUAAUUUACCUCUUUCAUAUUAAAUGCAAACACACUUAUUAUAGAUCAUUUUGUUCAGGAGAAAUAGAGCUUUCAUUUUGCAUUAAAUAUUUAUGUAUGAAACAUAAUUAAUUAUGAAUAAAAUACAAAUAAAGUGUGAGAAAUUAGGAAAUAUUUUUAUUUUUCAAGUCUUGCAUGACAUUUUAACUGUGAAUGUCAUAAUACAUAUAGCGUAAUACAUAUGCAAUAAAACUCUCCUAUUUCUAUGCUGGGAUAUCCCACAAGUACAACGCUGUCUCCCAUUUACAGGUUUUGUAGGGUUUUGGAACGUUACAGGAGCAAAUAUAGGGCUUGCAAAUCAUAAUCUCUGGUAUUUCUGUUGAGCUGUUAUGAAUUAUAGUAAUAUAUAUAUGUGUGUGUGUUUAUAUAGAUAUAUAUAUGUUCACAUAUAUGUGUGUAUAUAUAUAUAUAUUUUUUUUUUUUCUUGUUUUUAUUUCAAAUGUAUAUUAUAUGUAGAAUAUAUGAAUUUAUUGAUAAUAUUUCAGGGAAUCUGCCUGACAACCAAGGAAGUCCCCCUGCAGCUAAUUUAGCCACUACGAGUCACGACUCGGAAGCUGCAGGAGGACUGUCUGGGUUGUCAGCAGCCCCCACCGAUCAGGCAAGCCAGAGGGAGUGCUAACGGUAUUAAAGCCUAUAUUUUGUAGUACUGCAUGGCAUGUUAACACAGUUAGUGAGCGUUUACGGGGUUGAUUUGCAUGCAACCAUCUUGGAACUGCAUGAUUUGAUCUUGAGGAAACAUAAACCCUUCAUGACUUAGCAGGGCUGAUACUGUAUGAAAAGUUGGCUCAGUUCUUAGUUGUGAAGGAUGUAAUUUGUGAAACUCUUGGCCGUUUUGCCAGCACGUUGUAUAGAUUAAAUAAGUAAAUAUCCACGGAUCACCUCGAUAGUCAUGCUCUUCAGGAAUGACCGGAACGAUAAACCUGUCUCUGUAGGAUUUAGUAUUUUACAUUUCUAUAGAUAUUAUUUUUUUCUUCAGCUGUGGUUCACAAGCUGGAUUAAGGACUUCAAAGAUCUGGAUCUGAAAAAUGUAAUAGACGUAAUGAGAGUUGUGGAACAUCAAUGGUCAUUGUCGUAGUAGUUGAGACAUACUGCCAACCUCUGUGUGAUUGUUAUCUUCCAUAUCUGAUUCUGUGUGAGCACACACAAAGUGAAAAAGUGCAGACACACAGUACUGGCUAAAACUGGGAAACCAUUAAUAAAUAAAUACAGUUCGAUAGCAGCGCAGUGUAGAUUCAGCAGACUGUUUUAUUAUAAAUAGAUGAAAAUAAAAGAACAGAUAAACUGUGGGUAUGGGUGGACUAUUCCAAGCAUGGACCUGGAGUUACGGCUCCAAUAGCUCUUACAGUAAUCUGGUCCUAAGAACCCUGAAGGGGUUAUGGUGCUUUGAGUGUUUCUGUAACACAUUAGCCUCUUAUAGUCCAUUCUAUUAUAUAUUUACCUAUAUAUUUCUCAUUUUAAGGCUCUGUUAUUUGUAGCUCCUCUAACUGCCAUAUUCUCUGGGUUUAUGUGAUUCUUGAUAGCUGAUGGCGCAGUUUCAUUAUCGUAGAAAGUAUGGACUGUUAAGGGGACACUAGACACCAAAACCACUACAUCUUUAUGUAGUAUUUUUUUUAUUAUUUUUUUAAGAUAUGCUGUCCAUUUUCUCUGGCAGUACAAUUUUGCACAUUUUUACAAAUGGUAAUGUUUACAUGUGUUGGUGUCAGUCAGACAACUGUUGUAGGCACUUCUUAAUCAAGCAGACUACUUCAUCUCAAUGAUGUGGUCUGUGUGCAGUGUCCCUGUCCUUUUAAUAUUUGUAGAAUAAUAUGAUUAUCUAAUAUUUAAUGGGUAAUGGAUAACCCACGAUUCUUAUUGUUUAGUUAUAAAGUGCCAACACAUUCCGCAGCGCUGUACAUGAUUUCAGUUGGUACAAGUAAAAAGGAAAAGAAGGUACAAUACAUCCUGGGGACAACACAUUUUGAUAAACAAAUACAGGAGGAGUUGAGGGCUCUAUUCCUGUGGGAACAUCCAAUCUAGACGGACAACAGUAUGCAGUUUUCUGCAGAAAACAUGAACUUAUAAUAUUUGCAGUCAAUCUUUAAUUACAUGAGCGCAUUUCUCACCAAUUUUAUUUAUUUAUUCUCUUGAUGAACCAGGCUAUUAUAUAUAUGUAAAAAAAAAAAGGGUUUAACGAUGUGAUGUUCUGGUAACACAUAGUGUAUUGUAACCGUGGCAACAGUGCCCACGGUUUACACCUCCACAUUAUUUAUCAGCACAAAUAAUUGUAAAUCUGUUGUUUAUGCUGCGACUUCGCUGCCCAUUCUGUAAUGGGUCGACUGGUCUUUAUACAGGGUACCUGAAUGGCGAUGCAGGUAGGCAGCAAAAUACUUUUGGAUAAAUGCAUGUAUGAGUUGAACCACAAAGAAUGAGGUUGGGUCACUAGGAUACAGGGAAUUACGAGUGACCUGGAACAUCCCUCCCCCCAAACCAAAGUGGGAGCCGGAUACUGCAGCAGGAUUUGAUGCUAAAGGGGCAGAGGCAAAUUGCGUAUUUUGUAUCCAUUUUCAGCAAUAGGAGCUCUGGAUAAUAGACGAUGACAAGGACAAAAUAUCACAAUAGAACUAAGUAAAGGGAAAUGGGAACAUGCAUCAGGAAUACGGCAACAUUGUAUUAGUAACUAGCACAGGAAACAGAGCAGGAACACAAGUAGGUCAUGAAAUUGGAUCAAGGAACUGGAUACAUACAUCCUAAAGCAGGGAACCUGCAUUAAAUCAUUGCGAAGGGAAAAUGAAAUCGGACGAGAAUGCCAGCUGAAAAGGGGCAAAGUCACACCGGGUAAAGACCAAGUCCUGCCAAAAACAAGAAACCAACAUUCAUCAUAUGCAAAUGUCGAGUAAGAUUGAAGCCAAUGUAGGCAGUGCUAUUCGAAAAUAGAUAUUUCAAUUGCAGGAGAAAACCAGUUAGGAACGAACAAACCCCAAAACAAUAAUGUAAAGGAAAAUGGGUGUUUUUAUUCAUGUGCACGCAUUACUACAGUAGCAUCACUAUUCAUUUUGACAUGCAUGCGCAUACAAUCGCAUAUAAACAGUAACAUGUGACGGGCGCAUGCUUUCACCAAAGCGCUGUGACGUGAUCAUAAAUAAGGAAACCAAGAGUUUAUUAAAAAAGCGGGUGAUGGCAUAUUAGAUAGCUAGAGUUUUAGAUGUUUAUUUUAUCUUAAAGGGACACUCUAAGCACCAGAACCACAAUAGACUGUCCCUGCAGGCAUUCAAUUGUAAACAUUGCCUUUUCCCAAAUAUAUAUAUCUGGCCUCAUUGGAGGAGCUGGCCAAGUCCACCUCCAGGUUGAAACCCAACUAGGAAACGGAACUGAGCAGGCCAAGUCAGCAGUGGGACUGGUGGGUGCCCUACUGCCCUCUAUAUAGUUAUGCUGUGCGUACAAUUUAGUAGAUCAUGCCUAUAAAUUAGUUAAAGCUGGUGCACAAGAGAACUAUUUCCUAGGCAGGAUUUACUAAAUUAAAUGAUGUAAUGUGUUAUUUUAAUUUUUUAUAUUAACCAUGAACAUGCUGUACUACUUCCCAUGUCGCCGCAUACAACAAUUGUGCCUAGUUAAGACACCCACCAAUAUUUGAGGAGAGAAGGGGUAAGGAGAGCCCUAAAGAUACUAGGUAAAUUUCAUAUUUUUAUCCUGCAUUCUUUGGUUAUUUGGAAACUCCAACUGAAUUUCUGUUAAUUCAUCCUCUAGUGGAAAACCUUACUUUUUUUUUUUUUGUAAGAACGAUAAUCUGAGCAGCGAUUUAAAAAUAAAAAAAUCUAGGUUAAAGACACAGUAUAGCUAUAACAGAGUAGCGCCAAACAACACCUUUCUGUACCUGUACAUUAAUUCCUCCUACGUAUUAACUCCUUCCUCAUACUGAGUUGCACAGUACCUCUCUUACAUUCCUUUAAAAUAGUCAAGGCAUUGAAGGGUAAUGUUCCUAUGGAUGGAUUUCCUACUUAGAUUCUCAGAUAAUGCAAAUGCUUUUGUGCACAUUUUUAAAGAAAGCUGUGGAGAGUUCUUGAAAAUUGGCUCCUUGAAUUAUAUAACAGGGUUACAAAAAAUCUGGCAAAUUCAUUUUUUGGGAAAUGUUGGAAAAUUCUUAAUAUCUGCACAGGAAUCUGAGAUUUAUCAGCGAUUUGCAAAUUAUCAUUAAUUUACUUUCUUUACGUUGAAAAUGCUGUUAGCAUCUCCCACAGAAAAGAAUGGGUGCCUUUAGCCGUUACUUAGAAACUCUCUCUUAGUAGCAGCUGCUAGUAACUCCCUUUCACUACUUGUAAAAUUUUGUAGUGUGGAACACUAACAGUAAUAACCGGAACAUUGACAAGUAGAGGCCGGUCCCUAGAAAAAAGGUCCGAUACGAACCUUAAGUUUCAAGCAACAUGGGAUUUUAACUUUCUGUUACUUUAGAUAAUUUUGCACAGCAUCUUUAUGAUAGGCUUUCUUGUCUAAAUAUUUUUUUUCUUUCCUUUACGAAGAACAUUAGUGAUGGGCAUCUUUUCUCUGUCCUUUGGCCAUAUUCAGUUACUCUACGUUAUGGGGCCUAGUCAGCAACCAUCUUUUCUCAACCCUUGCAUGUAGCAUUGAGUGGUUAUUAUCUCCUUAAUUGUACAUUUGUCACAUAAGUUACACCAAUGCAUUGUCCAUAGGUAUAGCCUCAAGUAAAUGUUUAAAGUUGCACCGAGGAAUCCAUGAGAGAAUUACUCAACUUAAGUUACCCAACUUACAGGCAUAGGCAGAGAUAGGAAGACAGAAAGUAUGUAUUACCGGUCCUUAGAAUGGCUGGGUUUACUGUGUGAAAAGAGAGGAGCGUAAACAUGAUACUAGCCAAGGUCAGGAGACUAGGAAUAUGAUGGAACUAGCCAGGUCAGGAGAGUCAAUAAACAAGCCAAAAUCGAACAACCAGAAACUCAGAGAAUAUAUAAUGCACUAUACGAGGAACCAAGAAGAAACCACGGCAGGGCAAUGACUAUGUGGCUGAAAACUUUAUUUACACGCUGAGGUGGGCUCUGAAUGAAUUCCUCUAUAUUCAGGUUUUUUUUUUUUUUUAAUCUAUUCUAUAAAUAGUAUAUUUGAAAACAUUAUGCAAAAGGAACAAAUCAGAAAAAAAAUGCACAUUUAGAAUUUUUUAAUUUCAUGUAUAUCCCCUGAUUUGAUCUGCACUAAGCACUGCCCAGGUAGGGAAUUAAAAGUAAACUUCAGAUUAAGGUUAAAAUAGCUAAACUGGAAAUGUAUCUGUCUCCACAAUGCUUCCAGUUUGGCUACUGUGUCAUCAAGUUUGAAAUCCACUUGGACUUCUCACGUUAGUGAAUAAGUCAUGUAAGGAAUGACUUUAGGUAAUAAGUUCUUAUACGGCAGAGCGGUAAAUGUAAAGCAGUUCUGGCUAAGAACUGCAGCUAUUAGCUCACCCUCUGCCUCUCCGGUAUCAGUGCACAGUCAGCAGUUUGGCAGAUUGCUGCAGCUGUGGUGUGACUGCGAGCAGCUCAUUAACCCCUUAAGGACUGGACUGUUUUUGCGAUGUUGUACAUUUGCGACCAGGCAUAUUUUUACACUUUUGUGGUGUUUGUGUUUGGCUGUAAUUUUCCGCUUUCUCAUUUACUGUUCCCAUACAAAUUAUAUAUUGUUUUUUUCAGGACAAAAGGGGCUUUCUUUACAUACCAUUAUUUAUAUAAUCUCAUGUAUUUUAAUUUAAAAAAAAUAAAAAAAUAUGAUGAAAAAUUGAAAAAAUACAUGUUUUUUGACUUUUACUUGAAAAAUCUUUUACUCAUCUACAAAAGCGAAUGAAAAAAACUGCUAAAUAGAUUCCAAAUUUUGUCCUGAGUUUAAAAAUACCUAGUGUUUACGUGCUUUUUUGCUUUUUUUUGCAUGUUAUAGGGCUAUAGGUACAAGUAGGAUAUUGCGGUUUCAAAACAUAAAUUUUUUAAAAUUUAUCAAUAGUGACAUUGUAACACUAUUAUCUGUCAUAAAUCUCUGAAUAACACCCCACAUGUACAUAUUUUUUUUAAAGUAGACAACCCAGGGUAUUCAAUAUGGGGUAUGUCCAGUCUUUUUUAGUAGCCACUUAGUCGAAAACACUGGCCAAAGUAAGCAUUCAUAUUUGUUUGUGUGUGAAAAAAGUAAAAAACUAAAUUGAACGCUAAUUUUGGACCAAGUGGUUACUAAAAAAGACUGGACAUACCCCAUUUGCAAUACCUUGGGUUGUCUUCUUUUGCAAAUGGUAUGCCAUCAUGGGGGUAAUUCUCAUUCCUGGGCUACCAUACGCUCUCAAAGGCAACGUAACCAACCUGGCCAUUUUCAAUGUAAAAAUAUUUGACCCAUAUAUUUGACCUUGUAACUUUCAAAAAUGCUAUAAAACCUGUACAUGGGGGGUACUGUUUUACUCGGGAGACAUCGCUGAACACAAAUAUUAGUGAACAAAAAAGUAAAUCUAUACUGUAUAAAAUACUAGUAUAGAUUAAAGGGGUAGCACAAAAAAUAUAUACAACCUGUAGAUAAUACAAGAAACUUCCUUCACAAGAUCUAAAAUAUAAGAAAAAUCACACAAUAGUGAAGCAUGUACAGUCAAUGUAUAAUACACUCCCGGAGGUAGAGAACUUACAGGACCAAACUGUAGAUCUGAACUUGUCUCCCUUCCAUAGGGUAUGUGGAUAAAAGGUUCUUCUCUUAGGAAGCUUGUAUAUACGGACCAAAGGUGCAAAUUCAAGACGCUCAAUCCUCAGAAGAAAAAGAGGUAUAUAGAGCAGUAUUGUAGAUAAAAAUUAAUUUAUUUAUACAAAAUGCACUUACAUCAAAUAAAAUUCAUAGCAGCAUAUCACCACUAACAAGUGGUACCCAGGAGAAGGAGUCUCUCUGUAGCAAAAUAUCCAACGCGUUUCGUCUUUUGAAAGACUUCUUCAGGGAUAAAGAAUUAAAAAUUCUGUUUUCUUUAUAUAGCCUUCACCAUUUGAAAUUGCCGCGGAAAAUUCAUUCACUUCCGGGUUCGGACUUCUCGGUUUUUGAUUGGACAUCCAUCGUGAUCACUUCCGGUGGAUGUAACAAGAUGUUUUUAUUUCCGCGUUCCAAGCUGGAACGCAUAGCGUCCAUAACGUGCGGCUAGAUGUAUUCAUUUCCGCGUUCCAAGUUGGAACGCAUGGCGUUCAUAACGUGCGGCUCUAUGCCAUGACACUUCCGCGUUCCACCGUGGAACGCACGGACAGACCCAGGCGCACAAAUUGCAUUUGGGGCACCGAACGUCCCAGAGUGGGACACAGGGAGAAAAUACCAAUGACCAUCUAGUUACAUAAUAUACAAAACAAAGAAAUAUAAAAACAAUAAUAUGUCUAUCAAAAUAUGGAUGACAUCCAAGUACUCUAUAAAACACAAACUAAAAAAUACAUAGUAUAAACAUGUAUAUGUAUAUAGAAGAAUAGAGCAUAUAAAUACCCAAGUCCCUAUCUAAAUAUACAUCCAUAUCUAAAAACCAUACCUAUAAAAAUAUAUAUAGAUAAAGAAAAAAACAAAGUAUAAAAAUUCAAACAUGUUACAUAAAUAAUUACAAAAGGCCCGCCAGAUCAAUAUCUUGAUUAAGACCUCUCUUAAGGGUAUUAAGUGUGUAAAUCCAAAAGGCCUCUUUUUUGGCUAGAUCAUUAGUUCUAUUUCCCCCUCUCCAAUGGGGAGUUACUUGAUCUAUACCAAUAGCAAUAAAGGUAGACCAAUCAAAUAGAUGACAAGAAUUACAAUGAUUUGGGACACUAUGUUCCGUUUUUUGGUUUCUAAUAUUAUUAAAAUGUUCCCGGAGUCUAGUGUGUAGGGUCCUGGUGGUUCUUCCCACAUACUGAGCUCCGCAACCACAUUGUAAAAGGUAAAUCACAUAUGUGGAUGUACAAUGGAUAAAUUUCUUAAUAGUAUAUGUUUGAUUAGUAUAAAAUCCUACAAAAAAGGUAGAUUUUCUUUUUUGAUAGACACAUGUGGAACAUGUUCCACAUUUAUGAAAACCUGGAGUUUUUGUGGAUUGUAAAAAGUUUUUCGAAUUUGGACCUUUAAUCAAUUUUGGUAACAAACUAGGUGCCAAUUUAUUUUUAAGGGUGUCUGCCUUCCUAUAUAUAACUACAGGCCUUUCUGGAAUUUUAUCUCCUAAAACAUCAUCUCUUUUUAAAAUGGCCCAGUGUUUUUUAAGGAUUUUUUCAAUUUUCUUGGCUUCAGAACUGUACUUGGUAAUAAAUGCAAAAUCUUUGUAACUAUAGUUAUUUUUAUUUUUAUUUUUAUGGUUUAAAUUUUUAUCUUUCAAAAAUUCUGUACGAUCUUUGUCCUUUAUUUUUUCAAUAUCAUCUUGUAUAUGGUCUAUAUUAUACCCCUUUUCCACAUAUCUGUUUUGUAUUAAUUUUGAUUGCUCUUCAAACAUUUGAACACUAGAACAGUUUCUUCUCAUUCGGGUUAUUUGGCUUUUAGGGAUAUUGUUUAGCCAUACUGGAUGGUGUAAACUAGUCUUUUUUAUUGCUGUAUUGCAAUCAGUUUUUUUAAAGAAGGUUUUUGUGUUCAAAGUGUCAUUUUCUAUAUAUAAAGUUAGAUCCAGAAAAUCUAUGGUAAACGGAUGAAUGUUAUGGGUAAAAUUAAGAUUAUAGUCGUUAGAAUUAAUGCUUUCAAUAAAUCUUUCUAGACUCUGGACAUCUCCUUCCCAAAUAAUAAGUACAUCAUCGAUGUAGCGCCGCCAUAGGACAAGGCUCCCCCCCAUACAAGGACCCAGCUGGAUGCAUGAGGCUUCCCAAUGGGAUACAUAUAAGUUGGCGAAACUUGGGGCGAACCUUGUCCCCAUGGCGACGCCACAUCGCUGCAAGAAAAAAGCAGUAUCAAACCAAAAAAAAUUCUUUUCCAAAACGAAUUGGAUACAGGACACCAAAAAAUCGAUCUGAGUGGAGUUUAAAACAUGUUGUAGGACUAGAACGUCUCUGAUAACCUCCAAACCCUUAACAUGAGGGAUAUUGGAGUACAGGGAGGUAACGUCCACUGUAGCUAAUAUAUAAGAUGGUUUCCAAAUGAAUGACUGUAAACUUUGAAGAAUAUGAGUAGUGUCUUUAACAAAAGAGGGACACAAAGAUACAUAAGGUUUUAAAAAGAAAUCCACGUAUUCAGAGAGAUUACACGAUAAAGAGUUAAUUCCACUGAUAAUGGGUCGACCUGGGGGGGUCGUUACACAUUUGUGGAUUUUGGGGAGAAAGUAAAAAAUGGCUGUUUUACAAAAGGGAUUAAAAAUAUACUGAAAUUCCUUUGAUGAAAUAAUAGCUUGAUCCAAACCCUUCUGGAGUAAAGAUCUCAAAUCUUCCAAAAAAGGUUUUGUGGGAUCAUUAGCAAGCUUUUUAUAUGUAGACUCAUCUCCCAAAAUUCGGUAAGCUUCUUGCAUAUAAUAUUCCCUACUCAUGAUGACCGUUCCACCUCCUUUAUCGGCCUCUUUUAUAACCAAAUUAUAAUUCUUUUUUAAUGUAUUUAGAGCUUGUCUUUCUUUAUUUGUUAAAUUACAUUUAGAAUCUUUAUGUUUCCAUUGAAUUUUGUCAAGGUCAUUCUGAACCAAAUCAUUAAAUACUUCUAAAUAUCUUCCUUUUUCAUGGGAGGGAUAAAAAUUAGACCUUCCCUUUAAAGAUGAAGAAACAUUCGGACAAACUUCUGUUGGUGAUUCUAUUGGUUGUUUAUUGUCCCUUGAUUCUAAUUGGACAUUCUCAUUACGUUUUUCAAAAAAACGUUUUAUAGUUAAUUUUUUGAGAAAUUUUUGGUUAUCAAGAAAAAGAUCAAAGGAUUUUAUUCCUGCGGUCGGUGCGAAUUUUAAACCUUUAUUUAAUAAAUUCAAUUCAUGUGAAGUUAAUUCUAUACCUGAUAUAUUAAAAAUACCUGAUGUAUCUUUUAUUGUUGUGAGUGGAGGGUUAGUGAAAGGAGCGGAUCUUCCACUUCUUCUAGUUCUAUAUGUGGUCUUUUCUUUUUUGGGGAACUUAAAAUCUGAAACCUGUUCUUGACAUUUAGAGUAUUUUCUUUUUUUAGGGAUGGCUCCCUGUCUAAAAAAACCGAAGGUGUAUUUUUGGUUAGAUUGUGCGGUGCGUGAUGUACUUCCAUAUCACUUAUACUAUCUGGUCUAAUUCUGUCACUUUUAACUCUGUUCCAUUUGGUGUCUAGACCUCUAUAUCUUUGGGACUCAGAGUCAGAAUGUGGUACAGUUCUUUGUACCGAAUUAGUUUGUUCUUUUUUCUCCCUUUUAUUUUUUGACCAGUUUCUGAUUUUACCUUCCUUAUAGUCAAUUUGGUCUCUUUUGAAUUUACUAGCUUUGAUAUUGGAAAUCCUGUCAUCUACUGUUUUUAUUUUUUCUUUUAGGAUUUUAUAAUUAUCCUCCACAACUCUAAUGUCUUUAUGUGAGACAAUUUCUCUUUCUAGAGUCUGAAUUUCUUCUUCUAUGAGCUUUAGUGAUCUUUUUUGAAAAUCAAUCAGACUUUGAAUGUAUUUUUUUGAACAUUCAUCACUAGCUUUAAACCAUUCAUCUAUUAGUAUUUGGUCCUCCAGGCCAUAAGCAGGUGUUUUUAAUACUCUAAGGCCUCUAGGAACAAUAUUGGAUGCUAGGUACUGUUCAAGGGAGGUAAUCUCCCACCAUUUUUUAGUCUCUUUUUCUAAUAGCAAUUCCAAUUUUACAAAACUCUUAGAAAGAGAAUUAUCAAGGACCACAUUCUUUUGAUGAAAUAAUAAAUUAAUCCUUUUGUUGCGUUCUUGUCGCAUUUCGUGAUAAACAUUGUUAAAUGCCAUGUGAGUAUAUAGUACCAAGUGAGGAAUACAAUAGUAUAUGCAAAAAAGAAAGAGGUACUAUAUAAUCUCCCAACCAAGACAAGAGGAAACGUGCCAAACACCCAACAGUGUACCUCACAUACACCAAUAUAAUAUGAACAAAAAAGUAAAUCUAUACUGUAUAAAAUACUAGUAUAGAUUAAAGGGGUAGCACAAAAAAUAUAUACAACCUGUAGAUAAUACAAGAAACUUCCUUCACAAGAUCUAAAAUAUAAGAAAAAUCACACAAUAGUGAAGCAUGUACAGUCAAUGUAUAAUACACUCCCGGAGGUAGAGAACUUACAGGACCAAACUGUAGAUCUGAACUUGUCUCCCUUCCAUAGGGUAUGUGGAUAAAAGGUUCUUCUCUUAGGAAGCUUGUAUAUACGGACCAAAGGUGCAAAUUCAAGACGCUCAAUCCUCAGAAGAAAAAGAGGUAUAUAGAGCAGUAUUGUAGAUAAAAAUUAAUUUAUUUAUACAAAAUGCACUUACAUCAAAUAAAAUUCAUAGCAGCAUAUCACCACUAACAAGUGGUACCCAGGAGAAGGAGUCUCUCUGUAGCAAAAUAUCCAACGCGUUUCGUCUUUUGAAAGACUUCUUCAGGGAUAAAGAAUUAAAAAUUCUGUUUUCUUUAUAUAGCCUUCACCAUUUGAAAUUGCCGCGGAAAAUUCAUUCACUUCCGGGUUCGGACUUCUCGGUUUUUGAUUGGACAUCCAUCGUAAUCACUUCCGGUGGAUGUAACAAGAUGUUUUUAUUGACAUCCAUCGUAAUCACUUCCGGUGGAUGUAACAAGAUGUUUUUAUUUGUAUAGUGUUUAAAAACUGGAAAACGUAUCACAACAAUUAUAUCAUCAGUAAAAGUGCUGUUUGUGUGUGAAAAAUGCAAAAAAAGUAACUUUCACUGACAAUAUCAUCGCUGUGAUAUGUUUUACUGUUUUGAAUCACUAAUAUUUGUGUUCAGCGAAGUCUCCCGAGUAAAACAGUACCCCCCAUGUACAGGUUUUAGGGUGUCGUAGAACGUUACAGGGUAAAAUACAGUGCUAGCAAAUUCAAUUCUCUGGAAUUUCGGCCUGGGUUGGCAGGCAGGUCCCUUAAAUUGCAAUCAAUAAAAUUACUGAAUUAUGUAAAACUAUUACAUAAAUACGCACGUAGAAUUUAAAUAUAUAUGCAUAUUUAUAUAUUUGAAGUCUACGUGUAUAUUUAUAUAAUUAUUUAUGUAAUUUUGUAUAUGGACGUAUGUAUAUUUCUUAUUAUUUUUAUUUAUUUUUAUAUACAUAGAUAUAUAUACAAAUUCAUUCUAAGUGUAUUUUGAUAUAAAUAUAUAUAUAUUAAUUUUAAAAUACAGUUAGAAUAAAAUUUCAUAUAGCUAUAUAAUUUUUUUUAAAUUUUUUAUUAUUAUUUAAAAAAAAAUUUAUUUAAUUUAAAUUACUUAUUAUUUAUAUUUUAUAAUAAUAUAUAUAUACAAUAUAUAUAGUUAUUAUAUAUAUUAUAUAUAUACGUGUGUAAUUUAAUUAUAAGUGUAUUUUUAUAUUAAUAUAAGUACAUAUUAAUAUAAAAAUACACUUAGUAUGACAUUAUAUAUAUAUGAUAUAUAGACAUAUAUUAUAUAGAUAUAAUAUAUGUCUAUAUAUCAUACAUACACAUAUAUAAUUUUUUUUAUUUUUUUUAUUAACAUUAACUUUAUUUUAUUUUUAUUUUACACAUGCAGGGAGACUGCCUGUCAGCACAGACAGUCCCCCUGCAGGCAGACACAUGGACACCUAUUGUGACCAUGUGAUCGCUGUGUUAAGCGAUCACAUGGCCACAGGGGUCCUAAUCUGCCGUGGGGAGACUGUCUGGGCUGCAGGCAGUCUCCCCACAACCAGAGCCACGCUGAUCGCCGCCGGGGGAACGACGGCGAUCAGGUAAGUAGCUCUGACCGUUAGGACGGUUCAGGACCGUCAUCGGUCGGCAACGCAAAAAUGCCGAUGACGGUCCUGAACCGUCCUCGGUCCUUAAGGGGUUAAAGGAACACUGUAGUGUUAGUCAUAGAAAGCUGUAUAGUGUCCCUCUGCACCAUGCCCUCUUUUGGCAAUGAAAGGGUUAAAAAUACUUUACAAAACUUAAAUGAUUACAGCCGUCCGCCUCCUCUGAUGUCACUGUGUAAUGGUCACAUGUAUUGUAAAUCCCCUCCUACCCCCCUUCAUAAUAUUGUAAAGCGCUGUGGAAUUAGUUGGCACUAUAUAAAUACCAAUAAUAAUAAUAAUAAUAAUUGCGAGGGGGAACCUAAUGUUUAUGCUCAGCAAGUGUGUGUGCAUUAGCCCUUCCCCAUAGGAAAGCAUGUAAUCAAUGCUUUCCUAUGGAUUUUGUAAGAUGCUGGAUGUCCUCAUGCAGAGCCUGAAGACACACUCUAAUCACUAUAGGCAGUCUUAUCCCUGUAAUAUAAACAUUGCUUUUUCUCAAAAACUGCAAUGUUUUACAUUGCAGGGUUAAGGAUACAGGGACAUUGCACCCAGGCUACUUCAGUGCGAUUUAAAUGGUCUCGGUGCCCAUAGUGUCCCUUUAAACACUUUCACUCAUUCAUUCAGUGUGAUGGGUGUAACUGUGGUUGUGCAUAAACAAUAGGAAAAUAAUAGAUCAGGAGGAGAGGCUCCGAUUGGUGGAGUCUCUUCCUUGUCAGUUAAUGGUCUUGAAAUGACAACACUUGCCUGUGGAAGUACUAUAGUUUUAUGAUAUUUAAAAUUAUUCUUUUAGAAUUUUACUAUUCUUUGCAUGCAUAUUUUGCUUACAAUAUGGUGAGAUCAGUUCCUUCCUAUUGUGUCUCUGUAACUCUCUCUGCAGACAGUGGGGGAAAAUAGGUCAGACACAGAUCACACACAUGGACAGAUAAAAUACAUUUACUAUCUGUCUGGCUUGGUGUCCUCUUGAUGCACUUUCUUUUAGAAAGUAGAAAAUAUUCACAAGAACUAUAAAUAUUGGUCAGUCUUGAUUUUGAUAUUUGUAAUUAUUGCUUACAUUUUUAAUAGUUGAUCUAUAUUAUUAAUAUGUCCAUGGACCUCUGUCUUUUUAUUUUGUAUUAUUCCUAACUUUUUAUUUAUUUAUUUAUUUUAGGAAAGCCAGAUAACGCCAUUAUGGAAGUGGACAUUAACGGAGAUAACAGGACUAAUAUUUCACCCAUAGCCGUGCCUAAUGCAAUAGAGCGGAAUUCGCCAGUAAAGGUAGAUGGAGAGAAACCUCGCUGCUCCAGCACCCCGUGCUCUCCAAUUCGUAGAACAGUGUCAGGGUACCAAAUUCUACAUAUGGAUUCCAAUUACCUCGUGGGCUUUACUACUGGGGAAGAGCUCUUAAAGUUAGCUCACAAAUGUACAUCAACAGAAGAGAAUUCUGGGGAAUCCUUGUCAACCUUUCGUUCCAAGCAGCAUGAUACUGGACUUUCACGUUCUUCUCGGAUAUACAAAGCAAAAGGACGACAUUACCAGCCAUAUGAAAUUCCAGCGGUCAAUGGAAGGAGAAGACGGAGAAUGCCCAGCUCAGGAGAUAAGUGCAAUAAAGUUAUUCCUUAUGAGUCCUAUAAGCCUAUUCAUGGUCCUUUGCCUGUUUGCCUUCUCAAGGGAAAGAGAGUACAUUCAAAGUCCUUGGACUACCUCAAUUUAGAUAAAAUGAACAUCAAGGAAUCAGCAGACACAGAAGUUUUGCAAUACCAGCUUCAGCAUCUAACUUUGAGAGGAGAUCGAGUGUUUGCCAGAAAUAAUACCUGAAGAGAUUUGGAAUGUGUUUAGUUAGCAUCUGUCUGAGUUGCCACACUGGAAGAAAACUCUUUGGAAACAAAUACAAUUAAAAAAACAAAACAAAACAAAAAAAAUGAUAUGGUAAUAUGUGUGUUGGGUUGAAGUUGCAUUGGUAGCAACAUGAAUGGGAGUAGAAAAAGCACUGCAAACAUGUAUCUACAACCAAGCACCUUGCGGAAGACUGGAUUCUCUUUGUCUCUCCUGGUAGUAAAGGUUCGGUUAGAUGGAAUCAAUUGGUACAACGGUCCUUUUGGAUUUAUACAACAAUGUUCUGUAUCGCGGACAAUUAUUAAGUUUGCACCAUGCAGGAAGAACUGGAUGGACAUUGCUAACUUUUUAUCUAGAAGCAUUACAUACAGGUUGUCACUGAUUUUAAAUUAGAUUAUAUUGUGGCUGGUUAUGUAUAAUGUCGUUUUAAGCAAUGGCGAAAAAAACAAACAAAAAAAAAACAACUACAUGUUUUGUGAUUUAUGCCCUAUAUGGAUAUUGAAGUAGUUCACCCAGAUUUGUUUUGCUGUUUACUUAUUGAGUAUUUUAGGACUGAUCUUUGGUAAUUUUAACCCUUAGACUAGGUGAUUUCUACAGUCACUUCAUUUGUAUCCCUAGAAUUGAAUUCAUUGCAGAUUAUGGUUUCUUGAGAUCCUGCUUUAGAAAAAGAUCCCGUCGGGAGGUUUGUAAAUUCCGGUAGUUAAAAUUUACAUUUGUGAUAUAUAUUAUUUUUUUUCCUACUUCUCAAAAUCUUAGAUGACAAUGUUAUUUAUGUCAAACAUCAAAAGAAUUGUAGCUAUCAAGCAAAUCAAAGAUAUAAAAAAAAUCUGUUAAAGGUGAAGUCCCAUUAAGAUUGCAUAGCUGUACCAAACUGGAUUUUAUAUUUGAACUUUAGAACUCUGGAAAACACUAUUCACUAUGUCUUGCAUGUUGCAUAUAAUCAUUAGUGGAAUGGAACAACAACACACAAUGCUAUGGUUCUAGUAUGACAUUCAUUUUUAAUUCAUUACCAACCAAGCAUCAUAGUUAGUUUUGUGCAUGCAUCUGAAAAUGUUUGUACAUCCAUACCCCCAAAUGCCUUUAUGUAAAUAUGCACAAAAAGUAGAACGACAAUCCCUCCACUCAGUAGCUUUACCACCAAAUGUAAAAUGGUGGGGCAGUGCAGAAAUAUUUUCAGUAGAGUCCCGUAAUGUGCAUUUCUCAAAAUAAUCCAAUUAAACUACUCAAAGGAUCUUCUAGUGAUUGUAGAACCAUUUCAUUUCUCAUUUUUAGAUGGUCAAUUUUAAAGCAUAAUUUAAUGAACUCUUCCAUGUUUGACCUUACCACUGCACGUGUUACCAAACCUCCUUACAUUUUAAAUGUUCACAGAACAGAUCUUCUGUUUCUUGCGGGGUGAGACAGAGGGUGAAGCAUUGUUGACAAUUUUGAGGUGUAUUUAUGUUUUGCUAAUUACCAGUUAUGAAGUUGAUAGUGAACAUGUAAAUACACAUUUCCAAUAGUUUAACCACACAUUUCAGGUCGCUGUAGUGAUAUGGACUCUGAGACACACUCAUACUCACAAAACAGUGACACUAGAGGUAGAUAAGAGAGCAGGGCUGGGUUUACAUCACAAUUGCCUGUAGAAUUGUCAAUACCACCCCAUCGAGACCAAAACAAUAUAUAUAUACUGUACACAACAUAUGCUGUAGUAUAUGUGUGAAUGUAUGCAUGUGUGCUUUUUUAUGUGUGUAUAGUAGAGUAUAGUAGAGUAAGAGUGUGGGUAGAAAUAGAGUGUGGGUAGAAAUAGUGUAGCAGUGCGGGUAUCAGUGAGACCAGCAGAGUGUGUGUAUGAAUAGAUGUGAGCAUAACAGUGUGUGUGUGUAGGAAUGGUGAGUGUGUGUGGGUAACAGUGAGAGUGGCAGAAUGUGUGUAUGAGUAGAUGUGAGCAUAACAGUGUGUGUGUGUGUGAGUAACAGUGAGAGUAGCAGUGUGCAUGUUCCUGUAAUUGACCCCUCUUCCUCCUCCAUUUGCCUCAGAUUGCUGUGUUAAUUCUAAAAGAAGGCAUGGAAUUGCAAAGAUUAAGGCUCCCUCAGACUUAUCCCAGCAAUCAAAAAAUCAAAGACCGGUACAGGUCUUUACUGUCUGGGAAGUCGGCAAAGUGCUGUGGACGGUGUUUACCUGGCAGAGUAGGUACCUGCAACACUCCUCUUAAACACAUGCGUGUAGGCAGAUGCUUACUCUGCUUACCUAAUGAGCAAUCUAGCCCUGUAAGAGAUGAAGAUUUGGAUCAUAAACCCAAACUGUCCCUCUUAGAAGGAUAUGACUCCCCUACGUAUCCAAAUAAAAGUGAAUGAAUAAUUCUGUAAUUGUUUAUCACAAACUAAUAUGAGAAUAGCAACACUGAUCACAUUGCCACUUAGUUUUAGCAGAUUUGGAUCUUAUCUAGUCAACUGAAUACUGGACGGGUCAGUUCUUAUUGUUUCUCAUUUUAUAAGUCACUGUCUCUUAAUUUUUUUGACAGAAACAUAAGUUAUGUAUAUAUUAUUAGCUUGUUGACAAUUUCUGCAAUUGUACAGUUAGGCCAGGGACUCAGUCUUAAACUGUUAUAGAAUGUGUAACCUUUUCCUAGAGCCAGAAGGUUUCCAGUGCACGGUAAAUAAUUUAUUAUGAAUGGUUGCCUGGGGCCAGUGAAAACCCAGUCAAAUGGCAUUAAGGCACAAUUUCUAGUCAUUUUCCAAAAGUUAAGAGGUUGAACCACUUCCUUCUCCUUCUGUAUUCUGAUUUCAGUAGUGCUACAGCUACCUUCUCCUUCUCUACUGUGUCUUCACUAUCACCACCAAUCCCGCCUCCUUCUCUACUAUGGCCUCAGUAGCUGCUGAUUCUAAUGCUCAUACCUGAUGACUUUUCUAAAGCUUAUUAUCUCACCCUCCUAUGCCAGUGGAGGAAGGAAGAUAAUGACUCUAGCAAAGAAGGUGGAUGAUAAACUAGUUUGAGGCCGAACUUAACAGGGAUUGAGUGGAACUAGACGCCAUUACUAACAAGUAAUGAAUUUCUCAGCAAUUGGCUGAGUAUCUAGAUCGAAGCCAGUACAUUCUGCUGUUAAUUCCUCUAUUCUUUAUUCUAUGAUUUUUUCCUCUGUAUUUCGUGAGUAGAAAUAAUACUAAAUAAAAUAUAUACUCUUGUACAUCUCUGAUUAUUCCCUAUAUUUUAUUUUUUGAAAGCCACAAUCCCCAUUUUCUUCCUGUUUUAAUGUUCAGUGAGUACUUAAAGGACAACUGUCACCUCAAAACUAUUUUUAAUAUAAUUAUUAUAUCAUCAAUUUUUUAAAGGAAAUAGAUUUUUCAAUGAGGUAAAAAUAUAAAAAAGAGCAACAAUGCAUCCUUCUCCUUACUAUAUGAUGGGAUCCUUCAGACAUAUACAUGCACUAUGGCUCGGACAGUGUUUGAAAACUGAUGGUCUCUAUGGUUUUUCCUAUUUCACUCCCUGCAUGGAAACAGGGAAGACCAUAGAGACUAACCACCCAUUUUAAAACAUUGUCCGAACCAAGGUGCAUGUAUAUGGCUGAAGGAUCCUGGCAUAUACUAAAGGUAUGGAUGUGUUUUUUCCAUUUUUUUAUUUUGUAUGUUUUAAUAAUAUACCUUAUUUCCUUGAUGGAAAGAUAAUGGCAUUAAAAAUAGUUUUGACGUGACAGUUGUCUUUUAAGAUUGUGUAUAUUUAAUAUAGAUUCCAUCUGUAUUCGUUAAACCUGGAGUGAAUACUAUGAUUUGUAUAAUUCAAAGGUUCUUGAACCAGAUCAAGACCCAAAAUCAGACAUUUGUCAUUUUAGAAGGUCCCAUUACAACAUGCACUUAGUCUUUCUUAGACCCUAGACAAAUACCUACAGUAAGUUGUUAACCCGAGUGCAGUGGAUCAGGAAAUGUUGCAGAAUUUAUUAUAAUGUGCUUUAACUUUGACUAUAUAACCAAGAUACGCGUUAUCUGGGCCUUUGGAAAAAAAAACUCAAAUACCACUGGUACAUUUAGAUAUGCUCACAUACCAAUCUGGUUUAACAUGGGACUGCACCUUUAAGUAUCUAAUGACUUAAGUAUGUUUUAUAAAAUGUUCGUUUUUAUUGAUACCACUAAUAAUACAGGUGAAAAGAAAAUGUGUUGUGUGCCUUCUGAACAGUUUAUUGUGUUUAUGACUAAGCUUAGCAAUAGGCAUAAACAACACAUGGCAAAAUAUAUUAUUGUGUGCUUCACAUUCUGUCUCCUAGUGUCAAUGUUAGAUUCGGAUCUAUAACAAGCUAUAUUACGAAUGCUUUUUAUAAAUAUGCACCUUUUAUGCUCUAUACUCCUUUACUAAACCUGUGUGAACUUUUAGAGUAACAGAAGAGGAACUACGUCCUUUAAGUCUUGGGUGCAGACAUAUUUUAGAUUAUCUGUGUCCUACUUAAUACCAAGACUGCGUUUCAAGGCCUAGACCCUUUAAGGGUUAUUUCUUAAACAAUGAGUUGUCAGGAUUUCCUUAGUGAAUAUCAAAUUUUCGGCACAAAUAACAGAACCGAACCGAAGUCUGCUAUGUUUGCAGUUUGUCUAUUUUGGCAUAGAAUUUAAAAUUUCCUGACUAUUAUCAAACCGGGGGCAAAGUGCAUAAUCUUUGAAAUCUUUAAUUUCCUGGCUUAAAACGGCUAAGGCUUAAAAAUAAAAGGUACUGUUAAAUGGGUUAACUGGAUGUUGUAUUGGUGGAGUAAAACGCAUAAAAUCAACUCUCACAGACCAUCACAACAAAAGUUUUUUUGGUGGUCACAAAUUUAAUUUAUAAAGCAAGGAAAUAUAUUGACCUGGAGUUUGAUUGGAAAACAAAGAGUUUAAUGUAGAAAGUUAGGAGCUAUUAGUGAUAUUUGUAGGAGGCUUGGUUUGUGGGAUGUGUUAAAGUUUUCUAUAUAACUGGUCCUUGUGCUUGACUUAUUUGGAAAAGGCCAACUUAAUGCGUAACGAGUAAAUAAGACUCGUAACAACGUAUACGAGUAAAUAAGUUGUGUUACUAAAGUGAAUGAGAGGUAACAAGGGCCCUGCUCAAACAAGCUUACAAUCUAAAUAUCUGUCACAUGCUGGAUUAUUCACAGAAAUCGAAAUUGAGGUAAAUGCACCGGUGAAUUGCACGUUUGUUGUUGUUGCGUUUGGAAAUAGUGAAAUUUUUCAAAAUCUGUUAUUUUUGUCUAAAAUUUGCAAUUUGCUUGUGAAUUCAUGGGUGUUUGUGGCUUAGAGAACAACCCUAUCUGUAUGUAUGUCCAAGAGCUUCUGCAUUGUAAAAAUGAAUUACUAGGAUUCCAGUGAGACAUUUACUUCAUUCUGUUUCCUGCACUGCUCUCGCCCACCUUAACGCUCAUUUGGCUCAUACCGCAUGACAAGCUGAAGUAAGAUACACCUCAAACAUUUCAAUUCAACUAUCCCUGAGACCUUGAUUAUUAAUCUGUAACCGCAUCAGAAUUCUACGUAAACUAUUCACCCAAUCAUUUGCCAACCAAAUUUUUGCAAUACCAGUUCUCAUGGAAACCCUAAUGGCUCAGGGCUAAAAAAAAUAUCACCUUUGUAUUUGAAAAGCAAAAUUUCAACCAUUUCAUGUGAGUAAGAAAUUUAGCUUUUAUAUUCUUACACCAUUAGGGAAUGUAUAGACAGGGCUCAAACAUCCACUUGUUACUAGCCAGUGCAGCGUGAAAAUGUAUUUCUAGUGACUGUGCCAUUAACUUUCCAUGCUUGCAUUGUCGAGUGAUAUUUAAGGCAUUACUAAUGGCCUAGGACUUGAAAUUGUAAGCCCUGAUAGGAUUCUGAGGUACAAGUUUACAGUCUUAAAGUUUAGCCCAUUCACCAAGUAGCUAUUAUGUAAAUAGGGAUCGAUUCAUUAGUCAGCCAUUACAUACAAGUAAGAAACGCUCCAGGAAGCCUUUAUAUCCUCAGGCCAUUAUGGAAUUUACGAGUCCCAGCUACCAACUCUGCAGCCUCAGGAGCCCAAAUACUCUAAAUCUGAAUUUGGCGUAACUAAACUGUUCUGGUGAGCUGACAAAUAACUUGCAGAAGAAUGUAGGACAAGUCAGCCUGGGGGACAUUCUUAUAAGGCUCUAGUUUUGCUGCAUUUUGAAAGUCAAUUGCUAACUCCGCUCAACUUGUACUUUAGUGAAUCCAACCCUGAUUACAGAAUUGAACUGUGAUUGUGCCAUUAACUAAAGUGCGAUUUGUUCUGAACGUUAGUGCAAUUUCAAGUGAAUUACAUUUUUAGGUCAAAACAAGUGAACGUAAAAAAAAAAUAGCUGAUUUUAUAGAUAUAUUUUUUCUAAUUAGACUAUUAUGCCUAAAUGCUGAAAUUCUCCUUGAAUUUAUCUUAGUAAAUAGCCCUGAAAUAGUUACCACUGGUUAGAAGAAUUGAUUGAAGAACGCUUGACCAUUUAUCUCUGAAUUGUUUGAGACGUGUACACUAUUCGCUGUCCAUGGUGCUGAGCAAUUUAGAGCUUGUUUUUUUUUUUACAUCUUUCUAAAGCUAUAUAUCUGCAGAAGCAUUCAGCUUCACUAUAUAAAACAAGAGUCUUUUAAAACUCAGCUGGAAUAUAAAAUACAUUAAUCCUACAAAACUCUGCAAACCUUUAACUCUGUUAAAAAGAAAAAGUAUAUUUGUACAUAGAGCCUCAAACUCGAUGGUCACUUUAAACGUGAAAUAUUGUCCAGUCCGUUUUUUUCCUCAGUAGUCAGAAGUAGUUCCUCUUCUGUUUUGAAAUAGUUUGCUUGAUUUAUGGUAACUUUAGAAGUUAGUGCAAAGGUUGCAUUCUGAUUGCUGUUGAUUAGUUUGUGAAGAAAACAAAUAAUAUAAUAAAUAUACUUAUCAAACAAUGAGGAACACAGAGUGUCUCCUGUCCAUUAACUGAAUUAUUUUUCUUUGAUAUUCAGCCAUAAUGACAUGAUGGGUCCUACUUAAACUGUUUAGGACCAUGUAUUGCUUGGUUGAAAUGCAAACUAACAUUUUGAGCUUACUUGAAAAUGCUACUGUAACAUUUGCUAACAUUUGCAAGGGACUUAUUCAGAUAGCUGUUUGUUCUUGUGAUCUGACCAUAUGAUUUCCAAAACAAUUUAAUAAUUUUGACAGUGGUUCCAAAACCUUAAUGAGGAUUGAUAGUCCUUAAAUAAUACAUACACACUCUGAAAUUGUAGCGAAUUGAAAUACAAUCUGCAAAUCAUUAUCCUAAAAUAGCCAAGCUAGAGUUGGAUAUUUUCAAAUCGUGUGUUUUAGUUAAAACAUUGACAUUGGGAUAUUAAUCGCUACAAUUCUUUUAGUGAAUAAACCUGUAAAGGAAAGCGUUACAAUUAUGCCGCAUCUUUCUGUAUAGCGUUGCACGGUAAGUCUUUUGACGGCAGUGGAACAUGCUGUCCUUUUUAACACAGCCAUAUUUUUUAAUGUUUUUGUUUCUGUUUAGUUGUAGAUGAUACUUGCACUGAAUUUAAAUUUUCCAGGAAAACUUGCUCAGAAUAUAAUAAAACUCAUUUGUGAGUUGAUCUCUCCAUUUGGGGGUAUUAGAGGCUUAAAGAAAAUAUGUUCUGACAUUUUUUUUUAAUCUUACUAACUGGAAGAAAAUAUGUAUCAUUAUCCAAUAGGACAGUUUUGAGGAUUCAUUGCAUAUUUCUAAAUAUCUAUGACCUCACUACACAUUGUUUCAUUCUAAUUUCCUUAGGUAAAUGCUGACAUAUUGCAUAUUUGUAUUAAUGCACAUGUGAAUAUUAAAUACUGUUUUACCGAUUUCUUAUUAUUUAUUUACUACCUAUUUUAAGAAAAGCCCAGGGCUAGUUUAGACUGUCAUACUCCUUAGUUUGUUUGUUUAUGACACUGGAAAUCAUUAAACAAAUUAAAUGAAUUAAAAUAUUAAAAUAAAACGCACUUUUCCUAGGUUAUGUUAUGGUGAAUGAUAUGUGUGUAUAUAUAAUGAUCUGUUUUAGUUUGGAGGAUAACCGAAUAAAAUACCAAUUGUAGAAGGCAUUUUUAUAGGCUUAACUUAAAAAUAAAUCUUGAGGAUUUAAAAUGGAACUGUUUUCUGCAACAAAACUAUAAAAAUCUACAUAUGUUAUCGAUGUGUGUGAUCUUUUAUUUGUCGUUUAAUUUUCUUUAUUUAAUUUUUGUAUGUGGUUUUAGGGGCGUCCUGGUUUCACAUCCUAAUGCCUUUUGUGUUUUGCAGAUCAGAAUAUUUUCUGGGAUUGAGCAUGUCACAAAGCUCAACAGCAAU